GUUGAUUUGGUUUGAUGAAGUGUGAUUUAUGUUCUCCGAAAAAGCUUAUAAGGAGGAUCCUUUAUCUAUUGAAUCCGUCCUAAUCUGUCAUCAUAAUAACCUCUUCCAUUCCCCUUCCCCAUUUCCUUCCAUCCACCAUGAAAGCCUUUGCUCUUCUAUCUAUCGCCAUCAUCGGUCUUCUCAGCUCAGUCCAAGCCUUCCCUGCUUUGGGUGAUCCAUCCUCCCCUCAGUACGGUGAAUUUCUUAAACGUGCUGCUGAAAUUAAGGCAGGCAAAGGCAAAUUUCAAAAUUUGAUCAAACGUGGUUCAAACUUUACCCAACAAACACCCGACAACGGUUUCGGUCAUCGUCGUUUAACAGCUUUGAUCGAUCCAGACAGCUUCAAGUACAACGAAAAAGAACAAACAGUUGAUUUAACUUCUGAUGAACAUAAGUUCAUUCCGCCUGGACCGGGCGAUAUUCGUGGUCCUUGUCCUGGUUUGAACUUGUUGGCAAAUCACGGUUACUUUAACCGUAACGGUGUUACAAAUUUAGCUCAAGGUAUUGAUGCAAUCAACAAAGUCUUUGGUGUCGAAUACGAUUUAGCUUUAGCCUUGAACGCAUAUGCAGUUGUGUUCAACGGUAACAUCCUUGACCUUUCAUGGUCGAUCGGUGGACCUCCUCCCGCUUCAAAAGGUUUGGGUGCUCUCGAGGAUAUCCUUGCAGGUCCACCUCAAGGUAUUAGUGCACAUAACAUUUACGAAGGUGAUGCAUCCAUCGUUCGCCAAGAUUAUUAUGCUCCAGGAUCAAACUAUAACAAUUAUGAUGUUCACUUGCCAUUCUUCAAAGAUCUUUUGGCUUUGGGCAACAAUGAUGCCACACCGGGCAAGGAUGUCUACAGCGCAGAGCUCAUGUUACAGCACAAAGCAAACCGUUGGCAUGAAAGUGUGGCGACCAAUCCCUUCUUUUUCCAAAGUGCUUUUGGUGGUUUGGUCGUCACUACCGCUGCUGAGCGUUUUGUUGCUGAAUUUGCAGCAAACAAUACGGUUGACGAUAAAGGUUACAAUCGCAUCUACUUGGAUGAACCUAAUCUUUUGGCAUUCUUUGGUGUUGAAAAGGAUUCAAAUGGUGAAUUACACUAUACUCCAGGUCAUGAGCGUUUAUUGCCAAGCUGGAAGAGACGCCCUUUAGCUGCAACUUUCGGUUUGGAUGACAUCGUUUUAACUUUACUCAAUGCUGCAAACGUUGAUCCAAGUUUAUUGUCCCUUGGUGGUAACACCGGAAAGGUGAACAGCUUUGCCGGCGUUGACGCAGGUGAUAUCACUGGCGGAGCAAUUCACACUACAGACUUAUUAAACGACCCUCAAGCUUUGGCAUGUUUCUUAUUCCAAGCUGGUAUCGAAGAAGUUGUACCUUCUUAUUUAAACGCAAUCUACAAGGAUACAGCUAAAGCGCUCGACUUUGUUGGCCAAAACAUCAAACGUCCUUUCCAAAGCCUUGCCGAAGCUGGCAAUAACCCUUGCGAGCGUUACAACACAAAUGCAACCUCUUAUUAUGACAAAUACCCUGGAUCAAAGAUUCAAAAGAAGACCGACAAUGGUCUCGUUGGCACUCUCCUUGGCGGUGGUUACUAAAAAGCUUCUCCUUCCAUAGAUACACUCUUUCUUCUCAUCAUUAAAGUACGCGCAGAUAGAUAAAGAGGGAUACUUUCUUCACUAUUCAUAGCAAGCGGAAAUAUUGAUAUCUUUAAAGUUUGACCGGCAAAGUUACGAUGCUAAGGGGGAGAGAACGAAAAGGAAACCUAAGAAGAACAACAUUGACCUGCAUUAUUCUGUUGGCCAACGUUGUUGGAGAAAGUG